ACUCUCUGUCAAGCAAGUGACAGUUGUUGUCGUUUUCUCGCCCUCGCAUCAAAUUGCAAACAUAACUUUUUAGCUUUACUGGAAACGAUAUUUAAAAAUGGCGACAGAAGUAGAGGAAACUAUCAAAAGAAUUCAAGCCCACAAAGGUGUAAUCGGUGUCGUCAUCGUAAACCACGAAGGCAUUCCAAUUAAGAGUUCUUUGGAUAACGCGACUUCUGUUCUAUAUGCUGGAUUGAUCGGUCAACUUACAGAAAAAGCUAAAAAUGUUGUCCGUGAAAUGGAUUCUACAAAUGAGCUUACAUUUUUAAGAGCGAGAAGUAGAAGGCAUGAGAUAUUGAUUGCACCGGAUCGGGAAUUCAUAUUAAUAGUCAUUCAGAACACCUCAGACUAGUCUGUUUAUUUAUAAGAUGAAUUAAGCUUAAAUAUAAUUUUCUUCACAAUUAUAGUAUUGCACCAACAUUCUGAAGUCACAGAACAAUGUCUCUUGUCUGACCACUUGAUAUUACUUUGGGAUACUUCUUUGUUUGUAGUCCAUUAUGUGCAACACUAACUACUUCUUGUGGCUUUACCUGCAAUAAUUGAGUAUGCUAUGCGUUUAAUAUGUAUAUCUCAAUAGCCAUGAUACUCAGAAAGAUCAGUGCUAUUUGAGUGUAGCAAUAACAAAAAAAAUUAAAUACUAAAAUUUGGUACAACGAAAUUUUAGUAUAUAACCAUAUUUUGUUACUUGAUAAAUAAUUUAAAAAAUAUAUAUUUGCUGUGCAUUUUUGUGCAGACA